AUGCCUUCUGCAAGUGAAGAGACCCCUAAGCAGGAGCCCCGACUCCUCGUUGUCGCUAAUCGACUGCCUGUCACGGUCAAGAAAGGAGCGGACGGCAAAUAUGAGUACUCAAUGUCCUCGGGAGGCUUGGUCUCCGCCUUCAGCGGGCUUGCAACAUCCAUGAGCUUCUUAUGGUACGGCACUCCCGGUAUGGAGAUUCCCGAAGAGGAUGUUGAAGAGGUCACCAAUGCGGUCAGGGAGCAGGACAACAACUUCGAAUGCAUACCCAUCUUCAUGUCCAACGAAAUCUCCGACAAGCACUACAAUGGCUUCUCGAACUCUAUCAUGUGGCCCCUGUUCCACUACCAUCCCGGUGAGAUCACCUUCGAUGAGGAUGCCUGGGAAGCCUACACCGAAGCCAACCGGAUCUUCGCCAAGCAGAUUGUCGGUCAAGUCCAGGAUGGCGACCUCAUCUGGGUACAGGACUAUCAUCUGAUGCUUCUGCCACAGAUGUUGCGUGAAGAGAUUGGAACCACAAGGUCUAACGUCAAAAUCGGCUUCUUCCUGCACACCCCUUUCCCCUCAAGUGAGAUCUACCGGAUCUUGCCCGUCCGGAACGAAAUUCUCCUGGGCAUUCUGCACUGCGACUUGAUCGGCUUUCACACCUACGACUACGCCAGGCACUUCCUCAGUAGCUGUUCACGCAUUCUCAACCUCACCACCACUCCAAAUGGUGUCGAAUUCAACGGCCGCGUCGUUAGUGUCGGCGCCUUCCCAAUCGGUAUCGAGCCUCAAAAGUUCCGUCAGGCGCUGCAAAAAGAGAAUGUCAAGAAACGCAUCGCUGCUCUAGAGGACAAAUUCAGAGGAGUCAAGCUGAUUGUGGGCGUCGACCGGCUAGACUACAUCAAGGGCGUACCGCAAAAGCUGCAUGCUCUUGAAGUCUUUUUGACGGAUCAUCCUGAAUGGGUCGGUAAGGUUGUCCUAGUGCAGGUUGCCGUCCCGAGUCGGCAAGAUGUCGAGGAGUACCAGAACCUGCGAGCCGUCGUUAAUGAGCUUGUUGGCCGCAUCAACGGCAAAUUUGGCACCAUCGAGUUCAUGCCUAUACACUUCAUGCACAAGUCAGUCAACUUUGACGAGCUUGUCGCCUUAUAUGCUGUGUCUGAUGUCUGUCUUGUCACCUCAACCCGAGAUGGCAUGAACUUGGUUUCAUUUGAAUACAUCGCCACUCAAGAGAAGCGUCAUGGCGUCUUGGUGCUCUCCGAAUUUGCUGGAGCUUCUCAAUCACUCAACGGUAGUGUGUCGGUCAAUCCUUGGAAUACUGACGAGCUUGCCAAUGCCCUUCAAGACGCCGUUACUAUGAGUUCCGAAGUUCGCAGUGCCAACUUCGCGAAGCUCAGCAAGUAUGUCAACAAGUACACUAGUGCCUUCUGGGGUACAUCUUUCGUCGAGGAGAUGAAGCGUAUAUCGGCCCAUGGCGAGAAGAAACUCAAGCUCCGUCGUGCUUCCCUUGCGCGAGCGCCGAAUACUGAAGGACAUGAGGCCCCCCAACCGGAAAUGAACGGCGAGGCCAAAGACGUACAGAUUGAUGGCCAGGCUUGA